UUCAGGCUCCCAAUGCUGAACAUGUCCACUCCCACUGACCUCAAGUCUCCCUGUGUGACUCGGAACGGCAUGGUCAAGCUGCCCCCCCAGCACAACGGCCUUGGCUCAGCCAGCAUCACCAAAGGGACCCCCGCUGCCAAGAACCGUCUGUGCCAGUCCUCGUCCGUGCCCACCAUCCUUCCUCCGCCCAAUCUGCCCUACCACCUGGAGCCCUUGCCCACAGCAGCCUCCCUGUUAGGCCCAGACCUGGACACGAGCCCGCUCACCGCGAUCAAGCCGCCCCUCAGACAGUUCUCCAAGCCCCUGCUGGAGAGGCAGCUGGUGCUGGAUGAGAAGGUGCUGAACCGUCUGCUCUGGUACUUCACCACGGCCGAGAAGUGCGUCCUGGCCCAGGUGUGCAAGACAUGGAGGAAAGUACUUUACCAGCCCAAGUUCUGGGAAGGCGUGACUCCCAUCCUACACGCCAAGGAACUCUACACCAUUCUUCCCAGCGGAGAGAAGGAGUUUGUCAGCCUGCAGGCCUUUGCCCUCCGAGGCUUCCAGUCCUUCUGUCUCGUGGGCGUUUCUGACUUGGACAUUUGUGAAUUCAUUGACAACUACCCGCUGUCGAAGAAGGGUGUCAAAUCUCUCAGUCUGAAGAGGUCGACCAUUACAGACGCCGGACUAGAGGUGAUGCUGGAGCAGAUGCAGGGCCUCAUGCACCUGGAGCUGUCGGGGUGUAACGACUUCACGGAGGCCGGGCUGUGGUCCAGCCUGAACGCCCGCCUCACCUCGCUGAGCGUCAGCGACUGCAUCAACGUGGCCGACGACGCCAUCGCUGCCAUCUCCCAGCUGCUGCCCAACCUGUCGGAGCUGAGCCUGCAGGCGUACCACGUCACCGACACGGCCAUGGCCUACUUCACCGCCAAGCAAGGCUACACCACACACACGCUGCGCCUCCACUCCUGCUGGGAGAUCACCAACCACGGCGUGGUGAACAUGGUCCACAGCCUCCCCAACCUGACCGCGCUCAGCCUCUCCGGCUGCUCCAAGAUCACAGACGACGGCGUGGAGCUGGUGGCUGAGAACCUGCGCAAACUGCGCAGCCUGGACCUGUCCUGGUGCCCGCGCAUCACCGACAUGGCGCUGGAAUACAUCGCCUGCGACCUACACAAACUGGAGGAACUGGUGCUCGACAGGUGUGUGCGUAUCACAGACACUGGCCUGGGAUACCUGUCCACCAUGUCCUCUCUGCGGAGUCUCUACCUGCGCUGGUGCUGUCAGGUUCAGGAUUUUGGGUUACAGCACCUGUUUGGCAUGAGGAGUCUUCGCCUGCUCUCGCUGGCAGGCUGCCCCCUGCUGACCACCACUGGCCUCUCAGGCCUGAUCCAGUUACAGGACCUGGAGGAGCUGGAGCUGACUAACUGCCCAGGGGCCACGGCUGAGCUGUUUAAGUACUACUCCCAGCACCUGCCCCGGUGCAUGGUCAUCGAGUAG